AUGUUUUCUUCGGGCUCGGGCGAUGCCAAAGGGCGGCAGACGUCCGGCGGCAAGUCGUCGUUCUUCUCGCGCCGUCACCACAAGGACAAGCACAACGNNAACACGUGCCCGACAGUCCCUCGCUGCCUUCGGAAUGGUCGCAAAACCCCCNUACCACCUGUGCCUCCUCCGCACCAACAACACCAGUACCACCAGCAGCCUCCUUCAUCGUCACAUUCACACUCCUCGCGCCGUUCCAUCGACCAUGGCGGCGGCCUUAUGACAGCUAUCCCCUACGACAGCGUACCGCGAGAUACAAGGUCGCCAGUACGUGUCGAUUAUCUACCAGAGAACAGUUCACAGCUGCCUGCUCCACCGCGGCCGCCGCAGCAUGCAUCGCAAUAUUCACUGGCCAGCACUGGCCGAACAAGCUCCUAUGAGAACUCAAUACACUCGCAAUAUGACCAAUAUCCUGCCUCGGAUAGGGCCAGCAUACGCUCUAGUCACAGCCAUCGCACGUCGAUAUCCAUGCACCCGCAACAUUCGCCGUCUUCGUUCCCCAAUAUGUCGCUUGAUUCGACCACCCUCCUCCCCCAACUAGCUCCCUCGUCCACUCGUGGAUCUCAACAGAAUGGCUUCCUUAGCGCCAACCAGCCUUCAGCCUUCAGCUCUACAGCAUCUUUUACUCCUGACGGAUUCAAUCUACAACGACCGUCCGACGACCGCAUUAUCGAGAAGGAAUUUUUGGAACUCAUGCACAAGCGUGGGUGGAAGAGUUUGCCUGAACAGGCCCGGAGGCAGAUGGAAGCAUACCCUAUAAACAAGAAAUGGACUCUGGUACAUCAGGACAGAUUGGCUGAAUGGCAGGGCGAACAAAAGAGACGUGCGCACGCGAGGACAACAAUCAAUGCGGACACGGGUUUGGGCUUACUGGGCCGUGCUGACGAAGAAGGGAGUCCCGAAUGGUACGUUCGCAAAGUCCUCGACAAUUCGAUCAGCGCAAAGCAGUUGCAAAGUUUGGCCGUUAGUCUGCGUACUCAGCCUAUCGGAUGGGUAAAGGCAUUCGUGGAAGCACAAGGUCAGGUCGCUUUGGCAAAUGUGCUCGGCAAGUAUAAUCGCAAGCAGACCACAGGUCCGCAAAACCCCUCUGUUAACGAAAGAGACUUGGACCGCGAGUACGAUAUCGUCAAAUGUCUAAAGGCGUUGAUGAACAACAAGUACGGUGCGGAUGAUGCUCUCGAACACGCCCCUAUUGUUAAUGCUCUCGGGGCAUCUCUUAUUUCACCUCGUCUCAACACCAGGAAACUCGUCAGCGAAGUACUCACCUUUUUGUGUCACUGGGCAGAAGGACGAGGCCAUCAAAAGGUUCUUCAAGCCCUGGACUCUCUCAAAUCUUCGCAAGGAGAAAAUGGCCGCUUCGAUGCUUGGAUGCGCAUUGUCGAGGUCACUGUUGACGGCAGAGGCAAGAUGGGCAGCUUGGUUGGAGCUAGUGAUGAGGUCCGCAGUGGUGGCAUUGGUAUGGAGAACCUGCUCAUGGAAUAUGCUGUUGCUUCUCUUUUCCUCGUCAACAUGAUUGUUGAUGCGCCGGAACGAGACCUGCACUUACGAUGCCAUAUCCGUGCCCAAUUCACAGCAUGCGGUAUCAAGCGUAUUCUCAACAAGAUGGAGCAAUUCCAGUACGAUAUUAUCGACAAGCAAGUUGAGAGGUAUCGAGCGAACGAGAUUAUCGACUACGAAGAUCUGCUCGAGAAAGAGAACCAGGUCGAUGGUCAAGAGCCAGAGCCCCAGGAUCUUAGCGACCCUGUGCAGAUUGUUCAAGCAAUCAUGUCCAAGGUGAACGGAAGUCAUUCGGCAGAUUACUUCGUAUCUUCUCUGCAGCAUCUGCUGCUCAUUAGAGACAAUGAGGCCGAGGACAGGCUUCGCAUGUUCCAGCUUGUGGACGCCAUGUUGAGUUAUGUGGCCAUGGACAGACGAUUGCCCGACAUGGACCUCAAGCAGAGUCUCAACUUUACUGUCCAGAGUUUGAUGGACAAGCUUUAUACAGACUCCGAAGCUCGACAAGCAAGAGACGAAGCCUUGGAAGCUCGCCAAAUUGCCGAAUCAGCACUGGCAGAGCGUGAUGAAUUAAGAGCUCAACUCGAGCUUGGUGCCGAUGGACUAGUCAAGAAGCUUACACGUCAGCUUGAGGAGCGCGAUUCGGUUGUCCAGAUCCAACAACGCCAAAUCGAGGGCCUCAAAGCAGAACUUGCAGAAGUUCAACGUGUGAGAGCUUUGGAGCUGCAACGGAAUGAACUCGAAACCAGAGAGCUAUAUCUUAUGCUGCGUGAUGCUCAGGAUAUUGCAGCUUCUUCGGCAAAGAAUGGUAACAAGAAUGGCGCUGCUGUUGAUCCGACUCAGAUGCAAGGUAUCCUGGAUCGUGAAAAGCUCAUGGACCGUCUGGAGAUGCAGCUUGAAAGAGCAAAGACGCAGGCGAAACUCGAAGGUAGAGUUUGGCAGCAAGUCGACCCCUCGGAUAAGCUUCGUGAGUUGCGUGAGAAAAUGGAUGGCCCUGGUGGAACGACUGGUGCAAUUCCUGAUAGCUUGCCCGACGGCUAUAUCGGAACUGUUUCCAGGACACAAAGAGGCGGCAUCACUCGCAAACCACUUCCUAGUCAAUCUCAGAAAGACAGUGAUGAGUCUCAGGAUGAGGACGACGAAGAGGCUACUGUUUAUGAGAAGCCUCGUAUUGUCGAGAUGAAGCGACCCAAGAUCAGCUCUGCUCAUGCUCAGGCUGGUUAUCUUAAUGACAUUGUCAACAAGGUCCGCCGUAUCGACGCGAGUGACGACGAAGAGAACGGCACCACAUGUUUCCUCACAUCCGAGGAACGGUUCCGCUCAGCAUGCCAGAAAUCCUUCUGCUCAACACGUCAGGAAUCCUUCUGCUCAGCUCAAGGCAGAUGGCGAGCCCAAAUUCGAUGGCGCGAUGCCUCCCCUCCUCCACCCAUGCCUGGCUUUAAUGGAGCUUCUGCUCCGCCACCACCGCCUAUGCCUGGUUUCAAUGGUGCUGCUCCUCCUCCUCCGCCUCCGAUGCUGCCAGGCUUCAACGGAGCCGCGCCUCCUCCGCCGCCCCCGCCACCAGGUAUGGCUGGUUUCUCUUCCGGUGGCCCGCCACCACCACCACCACCACCUAUGCCUGGGUUUUCCGGCCCACCACCCCCACCCCCGCCAGGAAUGCCCGGUUUCUCUACUGGGGCUCCUCCUCCGCCUCCACCUAUGCCCGGCUCUCCUAUGCCUGGAUUUGGUGGUCCACCACCUCCCCCUCCGCCAGGCAUGCCAGCUCAGUAUGCAGCUACUUCCACCGGUGCAAUGGGUGUCGCAAGGCCCAAGAAGAAGCUCAAGGCUUUGCAUUGGGAGAAGGUCGAUUCCUCCGAAUUCACCAUGUGGGCUUCGCAUGCACCUACACAUGAAGCGAAGGAGGAGAAGUAUGCCGAACUUAGCAAGAAGGGUAUUCUUGAUGAAAUCGAGCGUCUCUUCAUGGCCAAGGAGAUCAAGGCAAUUGGCAAGAAAGAGAAGAAGAGCGACAAGAAACAGAUCAUGCCUAGCAACUUGAUGCAGACCUUCCAAAUUUCUUUGGCAGUAUUCUCACAACGGCCGUUGGAGGAUGUUGUCCGCAUGAUCAUACACUGCGACAAGGAAGUGUUAGAGAGUCCUGUCGUCAUGGAUUUCUUGCAAAGAGAGGACAUGUGUACCAUCCCAGACAACACCUCCAAGCUCAUGGCACCUUACAGCAGAGACUGGACUGGUCCGGAUGCACUGAAAUCAGCUAGAGAGCAGGAUCCUUCUGAAUUAACUCGCGAGGACCAGAUCUACCUUUACACAGCUUUCGAACUGCACCACUACUGGAAGGCCAGAAUGAGGGCAUUGGCUUUGACCAAGAGCUUCGAGCAAGAAUACGACGAGGUCUCGGACAAGCUGAAGAUGGUUUGCAACGUUUCAGAAUCACUUCGCGACUCUGUCCGCUUGAUGCCAGUCUUUGGUCUCAUCCUCGACAUUGGUAACUACAUGAACGACUCCAACAAACAAGCCAUUGGUUUCAAGCUUAGUUCGCUCGCCCGUCUUGGUAUGGUCAAGGAUGAUAAGAACGAAUCUACCCUGAUGGAUUAUGUUGAGCGUGUCGUACGCAGACAGUAUCCCCAAUGGGAAGGCUUCACUGAAGACAUUGGUGGCGUUGUUGUGGCUGCCAAGUUGAAUGUUGAUCAGCUGAUGGUCGAUGCUAAGAAGUAUAUUGACAACAUCAAGAAUGUGCAAAUGUCCUUGGAUGCUGGUAAUCUCAGCGACCCACGCAGGUUCCAUCCUGAGGACAGGGUCAGUCAAGUGGUCCAGAGAUCAAUGAAGGAGGCAAGAAGAAAGGCAGAACAGAUGGAGCUGUACCUCGAGGAGAUGAAGAGAACGUACAACGACAUUAUGACCUUCUUCGGCGAUGACAACCAAGAUGAAUCGGCGAGGAGAGAAUUCUUCUCCAAGCUGGCCAAUUUCGUCAACGAGUAUAAGGUGAGUUCGAUCGAACAUGUCAUGACUGCUGAAGCUUUUACUAAUGUCUACGCCAGANAAUCGCACGAGAAGAACACAUCUCAAGAGGAAACACAACGUCGCAAUGAAGUUUCGAUGCGUCGCAAGGCACAAGCGAGUCAAUCUGCCCUUGAGAAGGCCACUUCAGAUCCUGCCGGGCCUCCUUCACCCGCUUCACAGGGCGCCAUGGACACAUUGUUAGAGAAGCUUCGCGCCGCCGCUCCUGCUACUAGAGACACAAGAGAUCGCCGACGACGAGCCCGCCUUAAUGAACGUCAUCAACGCCGCGUGGCUUCUGGUCAGCAGAUGCCUGAGAUUGCUGGUGUAACAUCACCUACAGACGACUCAGCUCUCCUCUCUCCAACUUCGGAUAUUGCACCUGAGCGCCCAUCAACAUCCGACAGUACAACACUAUCUCCUCAUGUCGAAGAGCAUGACAAGGGUGCCAUCAGCGAAGGAGAAGAUGUGGCAGAUCGAGCAGCUAGUCUUCUACUCGGCCUGCGUGGUAGUACUGGCGACAACGACGAACCGCCUCUUGCCCGCGAUAGUGAGAACCUCCGCGUUCGUCGACGUCGUGAUCACGCAGAUAGCGAACGCGAGCGCCGCCGCCGGAGACGCGCACCGGGCACCAGCACCGCCUCCACUGAUGGGCGCCCUCAAACAGGCGUCAGCGACGCCAGUGCCGACCACCAUGACGACGAUACCAAGUCUGAGAUUGGCGACACCCGGUCAGAUGCCGGGAACGGCGAUGUUGGGGAUGGUUUGAAGAUUGACCUUCAACUCAUGACACCGUUGAUGAGUCCGGUGUUGGCAUCUCCACCCAUCACUAUUGUUAGCCCGCCUUCACCCACCGCCACAGCAGAGAGACGAGAUUUCAGCACGCCGAAUGGUAGUCCCAGGUUAUCAUGA